UCAGGCUGAAUACUUCCGUCAUUUGCUCAAGCCUGUCACGUAAUAGUUUAAUGCUUUGUUCGUUUUGGGUUAAGCCGGUGGUUUUGUUGUUUUCCUUGUUGGUGAGAGUUACCAAUAGUAAAAAAGAUAGCCCUUGUGUUUGAAUCGUUUUUCUUCAGGUGAAGGUGAUUUUUGUGGUUGAAUGGGAGAAGAUUGUGGAGCCUGGAUUCCGGAGCUGCUUUUUGAUCGGCAAUCUCCCAGUUUGAGCUCCUUCAAUGCUGCACCCUUUGGCACGGGGAAGCAAAAUGGUACAGCUGCAGCUAUGAAUCCAGUUGGCAACUCUGUUGGAAGAGAUGCUACAAUGCCAGCUUAUCUGUCCUCUGGGCUGCCUCAUUCACAGCCUGGACAUUCUGGUGAACCUCAUGGUUGGUUUUAUUGUUUGCCUCGUUUCCGGCAGGGAUUUACUACACCUGCUCGAAUCUUCACUGCAGAGGAAAAGCUCUCUGCUAGCCAUGCAAAAGGUUUUGGGGAGGAAAUUGCCCCGGUUGAGGGUUUCCCGCAGAAGCAAUUCCUGGUUAUUGAUCAAACUGCUGAUCAAACAACUCUGGUUUACAGUUCAAGAUUUGGUCGGCCUGUUGAGUGCCUGACUCUGUGGGAUUCAAAGCUGCAUGGUUCUAUAAAUUUGAACAAGGAGAAUGAAUUGCCCUCAUUGAGGAGAGAUGUAAAUCAUGUGGCUGGACUUGGACCAACUUUGGAUGAUAAAGUUGAUGAAAAUCAGGGAACUGAUGAUGACAUUGAAAGUGAGAUGCAUGAGGACACAGAGGAAAUCAAUGCAUUGCUUUACUCUGACAGUGAUGGUUAUUCCACUGAGGAUGAUGAUGAUGAUAAUGAUGAAGUUACUAGCACAGGACAUUCACCCAGUACAAUGACCACUCACGGUAAUCAGGAAGAACCUGGUAGAUUAACUGCUGAAGAAGUUGCUAGCUCUGUUGGAGAAACAAAGAAGAGAAAGCUGCAGGAGGGGGCUUAUGAUGGUGACAUGCUGUUCAUGGACACUGCUAGUUCUCUGGAUGGGAAAAUACCCUUUGAAGUUGAAGAUGAUGCAGAAUCAAGAUGCUCCAGUGUUGGCAACAAUAGUAGUAGAGGGUCCGGUCGAAUGGGUUCUUGGUCGGGCAAUAAAAAGAUGAGAAAGGAGAAGAUUCAAGAUGUUCUGAGCAUUCUGCAGUGCAUAGUUCCUGGUGGAAAGGGCAAGGACCCAGUUGAACUUCUUGAUGAAGCCAUACGUUGCUUGAAAUCAUUGAAACUCAAGGCCAUAAAGCUUGGACUUGAUGUGCCAUAUAAGUUGGAGAAUUAGAAAACUGUACACUUAAUAAGUUAUCUUUGUGUGCGUUUUUAUUAUUAUAAUAAGAAAUAGGGUAUAGAUUUUGAACUCUAAUAAUUAUGGAAGGUGGGUGGUGAAUGUGAAGUGUGAAAUGAAUCCCUUGAAGAAGACAUUGGUGAAUGAUUAAGGUGUUGGAAGAUAGGGAGAUGGUGAAGGUGGUUUUGUGUAAUGCAAUUUGUGUGUGAAGAAAGAAAGAGGUGAGGUAUGGAGCGGAAAAUGCCCCAAUAAAGGAAAAAAAGAAAGAGAGAAAUGAAUGAUUAGUCCAUGUCUUGGGGGUUAGAGAAAGUAGCACUAACGCUGGCAUGGGGUGUGAGCUGUUUUUGAAUGAGAAGACUGGUUGUUCCAAAAAGUACCCAAAAACGAGAGUGCACGCCUCUUGGCUGUUAUGGGCCCCAAUCUCACCUCCUCUUUUUGUAACCUUGUCGUGUUCAAUCCUUGGUGGGUUUGCCUUUUCUCUGAUGUAAAAAUUAUCACUAGCUUUGGGUGUGAAUUGAGAGAGAGUGUGUGUGUGACAACUUUGGGAGACGGGCCCCCCUACACUCCUCAUUUUCUACUUGACGGUGGAUUGCACAGUAAUGUAACACGCUUGUGGGAAACGCUGAUCUUUGUGAUCUUUGUGUUGUGUUUCGAGCUGGUAUUAUUAUCGUUAUUAUGGGCUUUCCUUGGAGGUUGUAUCGUAAUUGGUGUAAGGGCUUGUUAAGGGAAGAAGGGGAAGAAGGUGAUAUCUUGGUCGGACUUAAUUUAAUGUGGUUGGUGUUACUGUUGUCCUUUUGCCUAUGUAGUCAUGCAUUUAUGAUAUAAUAAACUUACAUGCUUUUCAAUUUC